CUAACCUCGAAAUAUGAUAUUUAUGUUAUGCUAGUCAUAUAUCAAAUAGUUCCUUAUAUUUCGUUUUUAAAUGAAAUUUGAAAAAUAAUGUAUUAAAUUAUUUUAACAAAUAGAAAUAUGGCACAAGAUGCAACAGAUACAGAAACCUGGGUAGGAAGCAGCCUAUGUGAAAUAUGUUCUAACAAAGGAAUAUGGAGUUUUAACGUUAACCCAGUAAACAUAUCAAAAUACCAUGCCGUACUUUACAAUUUACCAGUAACAUUUAAGAAACCUCCAGAACCUCAUAUAAAUGCCGAUCCUAAACAUUGGGAUGAUGAUUAUGUUCGAAUGCCCUAUUCUGACAAAAGUUUAUUUCCAAUAACCGAAAAUGGUGUAGAUGUUAUAAAGUUGCGAUGGAAAUUAAUCGUAGAUAGUCUGUCCGAGCCCAUUAAUAGCGGUAGGGAACUAGAAGAGGCGAUACGUAAAUAUAAUUCUUCCUUACCUGAAUUAACAGCUCUUCGAAAAUACUUUGAUGAACUCGAUGAAGAAGAAAAUGAAUGCUUUUUUAAAAACUUGUUGCCCAAAAUCAUAUCGUUAGCCUUGCAAUUACCACAAAUUUUACCAGGUAGCUUACCUUUGCUAAAGAAACAUUGCAACAGAUCUGUUAGUUUAUCACAACAGCAAAUAGCUUCAUUAUUAGCUAAUGCUGUUUUGUGUACGUUUCCUUGGAGGAAGAAAGUUGCCAACGCAUAUCCUGGAGUUAAUUUUGUAAGUUUGUAUAUGGCCGACAAAAGAGCACAAAGACAAAACUUUUAUGAGAAAUUGAAAUGCAUAUUUAAUUAUUUUCAUUUAGUUACAAAAUCAAUGCCUCUAGGAGUUGUAACUUUUGAAAGAAAAUAUAUUCCAAAAAGUAAUAUCCCAAGAUGGGAUUCUUUAGACAACUAUUUAAAAGAUACAAAAGUCCACAUUGACAGUUCGGGAACCAUAGAAGAUAAUGGGCUUGGAUUUUUACAAGUAGAUUUUGCAAAUAAAAAUGUUGGUGGAGGUGUCUUGGGUUAUGGCUGUGUUCAAGAAGAAAUUAGAUUUGUAAUUUGUCCUGAAUUAAUAAUUGGUAGGCUUUUUAUAGAACAGCUCACAGACCUGGAAGCUGUAAUAGUAACUGGAGUCCAAAGGUACAGUAAGUACUCGGGAUAUGCAGAAACGUUUGCUUGGGAAGGUCCUUUUUAUGAUGAAACUCCAUAUGAUGAAUAUGGAAGGAGAAGAACUACCGUCUGUAUUAUUGAUGCUACUAGAUAUAAUAAAUCAUUUCAUCAGUUUUAUCCAUCGGCUAUGUUAAGAGAAGUCAAUAAAGCUUUUGUAGGGUUUAGUUCGAGAGCAACAAUUAAUUUAGCACCUGUAGCAACUGGUAAUUGGGGUUGUGGUGCAUUUCAAGGUAGUUUGUAUUUAAAAUCCCUUUUGCAACUAAUGGCUUGUAACGCUACUGGUAGACACCUAAUUUAUUACACUUUUGGUAAUGAAGAUUUCAAAGAUGAUUUCUACAAGAUGUAUUUGUUUUUGAGUAAAAAUAAUAUUAAAGUUGAACAACUGUGGAGAUUUUUAUGUGGGUUUUCAGUAACUAAAAAUUCUGAAAACAAUCUUUAUUCAUAUAUUCAACAAGCUUUUUUUGAUAGCAAAAAGCAACCAACAGUAAAGAACUUCUUUAAAAAGCCAGUAGAAGCUCCUAAAAAGACUAUUGAUACUUCUAUAAAUGAAGCAGGUCCUUCAAAUUCAUUUAAAAAAAUAUCUGCUGAUAGUGAUUCAGAACUUAAUGAAAUUGUGAUAAGUACACCUGAAGAUUUUGAAAAUGAAGAUGUAAUUCCAGGUACACCACCUGAAAAAUAUAUUUCAAGAAAUAAGAAAAUUAAGAACUCAAAGUUGUCACUUGAAAAAAUUUCCGAAAAAUUACCUAAAACUGAUAUUGGAGCCCUUAUUGAUGAAAUGGAUGGUAAUAUCAGUAAAAAAGCUGUAGUGGCUGUGGAAGAUUCCCUUCUAGAAAAAAUUGAAAAAUUAUCGAAACAAUCUAAGAACUCUGAUGUAAGUGUUGAACAAAUUAGUAAAAUGGAAAUUGAUGUCGGAGAAGAUAGUGAUAUGUGUGUUGAAUAUUUGGUUGAACCAAAAGCUAAAAGGAAAAUAUCAGAUUAUUUUCAAAAAGUUAUGGAAACUAGCUAACAUUACAUUACUGCUUAUUAAUAAUGUACCUAUAUAAAUUAUUUUGUUAAAAAAAAUGAUAUUUAAUUUUGUGCUAUGUGAUUUUAAUUAUUAUAUGAAAUUAUUU